CAAUGGAUUAUUUUCAAAUUGACGGUGAAAAGGAAAGCACAAGCACGCAUUGAGUGAAAACGAUUAUUUGUUUUUUGUUUCUUUGUUGUUAAUAAUUUUUACAAAAGAACGUUUAAAAAACCAUUAGAGAUUCGCAACUCAGUAUUCAAAACAUUUUAUAGUCCAUUAGAAGAAUAACUGUUGUCGAUUUUGUGAAACGAAAACGAGAGUCAUAGAUAACAACUCAAGGAAAAGAAGAAGAACAAUACGAACCAAGAAAUCGUAGUAAAUUACUAAAUUCAAAUUCAAAACCGAUGGAACUCGCUUUGAAAACAAUAACACACACAACGACAGAUACGAUUUUUAAUACAAUAGCCGAAAAGAAGACGAAGAAGAAAGUGUUUUUCAAAAUAGCUAAUCAUCGCCAGCCACUACCACAACAACAACACAACCACCUCAGUGCUCAUUACAAAUAUUUUACAAGAAAAUACCUUUUACUAAAAUGCAACACAACAACAAUAAUAAUGAUAAUAGCCUGGUUGUCGGCAGUAGUUGGUGCGGCGCCGCCACAUGCUGCUAGUAGUGAUAACAAAGUCAAUCGUGCCGCUUGGCCUCCUCUGAAGCAUCAUGACAUUUGGAACGGUGAUCUACAGGAUUUAGGGGCAACCGACAUCAAACAUCAAGGUGCUGAUGAUUACAGAAUUUAUGACGAUGCCGAUCCAACACAUCAGGCUAACUAUAUGCAUGCGCUAACCAAUGACUCAACGCAAACUCCAAGGGAUUUUAAUUGGAAUCUGUAUUCGUUUAUGAAUUUCUCAUCGACGUCCUCCAUCAUCGACAGCUUGAAAGAUGUUAGUUUUCAACGACAUAAAAGAGUGAUUCAUUUAUUCCCCGUACCCGUGGAUGGAGAGUGCUUAUCGAACGACGGUCGCCGCACUGGCACCUGCUUCAAUGCCUAUGAGUGUCGCAACAAAGGUGGACAGGCAAAAGGUGAAUGCGCCCAUGGUUUCGGAGUUUGUUGUAUUUAUAUUGCCAAUUGCAAUGAAACGAUCAGCAACAACAUUACCUACCUUGUGUCGCCCAGUUUUCCCAGCUUCAUGCCCAACAACAUCACCAACUGCAAAUUAAAAAUAAAACUAAUGAACGAUGACAUCAGUCAGUUGCGUUUUGACUUCUAUCAUUUCAUACUGGGCCAGCCCAAUCGCCGAACUGGGGUAUGUGAUGGAGAUGUUUUUAAUAUAACGGGUGGUCCGGGCGGUACAUUUUCCUUGUGCGGUCAAAAUAGUGGACAGCAUGUUUACUACGACGUUGGUGGGCGAAUGGUUCCGCGACAAACCCUGUACGGUUCCUUAAGACCAUUGCGCUAUGAAGAUUUAUAUCCGGGGCGUAAUUUAACCGGAGAUACUAGCAUGGAGAUUGAAGUUAAUUUGCACUUUGCCCCCAGAUUUCUGCCAACUCGUCUGUGGGAAAUCCGCAUAGCCCAAAUUCCAUUUAGUCAACGAGCCCCAGCUGGAUGUUUGCAGUAUUUUAAUGGAGCCGAGGGAGUUUUCCAGACUUUCAAUUUCGCUGAUAAUGGUCGCCAUCUAGCCAAUCAAAACUAUCGAAUUUGCAUGAGACAAGAGGUUGACAUGUGUUCCAUCGUGUACCAACCAUGCGACGAUCAAUCAUUUCGUAUCGGACCUAGAACGCCAAUGAGGUUUUCUAGUCCAACACAAAAUGGUGGUGGAGGAGGGGCUGGAGCUACCCCAGCAGCAACAAUGCCAUCUAGUAUUAUGAAUAUGCCAUCGAUGGGGAGUAUGCCUUUAAUGGAUCAAAUGCAAAUGCAGGUGUUAUCGGACGAUGUUAUGGAUAUAAUGAACAUGAUGACCACAGCCACAACAUCGGCAACCGCCUCUCCAAGCAGUACGACUUCUGUUGCCACAAUGUCGACUGCUACAUCUAGCGAAGCUGUUAUGUCUUCUUCAACUGUUGCCACGACAACGCCAACAGCCACAACGACAUCAGUCCCUACUACAACAUCAACUGCAACUUCAACAACAACAACAACAUCUCCUUCUAACGAUGACCCGGAUGAAAGCUCAGAAGUACCUUCAUCAUCAACAAUGGCGACCACUGCAGCUACGAUGGCAACUUCCUCUGCAACAUCAGAUACGACAGCAUCAACUAUGUCGUCGCCAAGUGCAGAUGAUCCCGAAGAAAGUUCAGAGGCCACGUCGUUGUCAACUACUACUACCAGACCCACAACCACCCCAUCGACCACUUCUACAACCGCAGCUCUCAGUGAUGAUGUUCAAGGUUCCGGCGAUGGACAGGAUGGUGAUACCAGAUUUCGACCGACACCAUCGAAUGUCUCUAAGCGACCGCGCCCAACAAGUGGGGGGUUCGACUUAUUGGGAUUUUUACGAACGGCUUUUGAAAUGAGAUUUCGCAGUGCAAGACAGGCCAAGUUUUUAACAGAAAGACAAAAACGGCAAUUUUAUAGCAGUUGUCGUGAUCGCAUAACAAUGCCAUGUAUUGUGGAAGAUUUCAUUGGAACUGGUCUUGGACCAUUGCCCGGUUGUGAACCCGUGCACUGUGGCAUGCAGUUCUGCUCAAAUGGGAUGUGGCCAUGUCGCAUUGAAUCGACCGUAACACCCUUUUAUGUGGGAAUACAUUUCGGUGAUGGUAGAGGUAAAGGCAGUCCAGAAGAUAAUAUCGGUGCCUGCCUUCGUUAUCAACAAAUUCAGUGCAUGUGAUUAAAUUUAAUAAUAGAAUAGAAUUGUAGAAAAGGUCUAAUGCGAACUGAUUAAAAAUUGGAGCAAAUCCUA